AUGAAGUAUUCCCCUUUUUUUCUUGUGGCUAUAGCUACUGCUCUCCUUACGGUAGCAGACGCGCACACCAUAUUCACGACGCUUUUUAUCAACAAUGUCUCUCAAGGGGACGGAACGUGUGUCAGGAUGAGCAUGGAUCCCCAACACUGCACCUCUCCCAUAGCUGGCUUAGACAGCGAUGAUAUGGCCUGCGGUGUUGAUGGCGAGAAACCUGUUGCUUUCACCUGCCCCGCACCGGCCGGUGGGAAACUUACCUUCGAGUGGCGCACAUGGGCCGAUGCUGAGCAACCCGGAUCUAUAGAUAAAUCACACAAGGGGCCUUGUGCCGUAUAUGCUAAACAGGUGAAAGACAUAGCAACAGACUCAGCUGCGGGCCCUGGAUGGAUAAAACUUUGGGAAGAAGGCUAUGAUGAGUCGAGCGGCAAGUGGUGCACGGAGAAGCUGAUCGAUAACAACGGCUUAAUGUCCGUUGAUAUUCCAGAGUCACUUCCUGGUGGUUCGUGGCUCUUCAGGCCCGAACUCCUAGCUCUUCACCAGGCGGAUAAGGGCGAUCCGCAAUUCUACACAGGGUGCGCGCAGGUUUUCAUCGACAGCGGAAACACGGCAGCACUUGACGUGCCCAAAGAGUACAGUGUUAGUAUACCGGGCUACGUCCAGGUCGGCGAGCCUGCGGUAUCUUUCAACAUCUACCAGCCGCAAUUCCCGUAUCCGAUGCCUGGACCAAAGGUCUACAAGCCCGCAAAACCCAAAGGCAUGGCGGCUUUUACCUCGACCUCAACCUCGUCCAAGGCACUGAAGCAGACCGAGGGCAAUAUCCCCGCGAACUACCUCAUCAAGAACGCAAAUUGGGUUGGAGUGGAAGUAUCCUCCUACUCAACCGAGGACGGAUGCUGGAAGGCAUCUGAGGAAUGUUGGAACCAGGCUAAGGGUUGCUACGACUCGGCACCGCCGACGGGGAGCGCCAACUGCCGAGUCUGGGAGAGCAAGUGUGACGGCAUCAGCGAUGCUUGCAGUGCUGGCGACUUCGACGGCCCUCCGAAUAAAGGCCAGAAGCUCCAAAACGAGGAUCCGACACCCCCGGAGAAAAUUCCUGGAGCCGCAGAUGGUAGUGGCUCUAGAAAAAUGAGGGCACGCCGUGCUAGAGCACUGGUUUCGGCGCUCUCUUGA